GGGACACUGGAGGGACGGUGACUAGAAUGUGGGUUUGUUAUUAUCGGAUAUUUUAGGUUUCAGUGGCAUUUUAAGAAAACGAAGUUAUUAUGGUUAUUAUUUACGUCGAUGACGAUCUUUAGUUAAGUAAAUUUGCGUUGCUAGAUGAGUCAGUAGUUUUUAAUUGUAGUAAAUAUAUUUGAGGAUGCCUCCCCUCACCCUUAGAGGAAUCACUGUGGAGUUUCCAUUUACUCCAUAUCCCUGUCAGAAGGAUUAUAUGAAUAAAGUGAUUGAGUGCCUGCAAAACAAAGUAAAUGGAGUUCUCGAAAGCCCAACAGGCACAGGCAAAACCCUCUGCCUGCUCUGUGCAACGCUUGGUUGGAGGGAGUAUUUCAAAGACUCGAUAUCAGCCCGUAAGAUUGCAGAAAAAAUGGGAGGUGCGGAACUUUUCCCUGACAGGCUGCUGUCAUCUUGGGGAACAGCAGCUACGGACGGGGACAUACCAGCAUAUUACACAGACAUCCCCAAAAUCAUCUAUGCAUCCAGGACACAUUCUCAGCUGACACAGGUCAUCAGUGAACUGAAGAACACAUCCUAUAGGCCAAAGAUCUGUGUUUUAGGCUCCAGAGAACAGCUAUGCAUCCACCAAGAUGUAAUGAGGCAGGAAAGCAACCAUAUCAAGGUCCAUAUGUGCCGAGCUAAAGUAUCAUCUCGUUCUUGUGUCUUCUAUAACAAUGUUGAUGAGAAGAGCACUGAUAAAGAUAUCAUGAACUCUAUCCUGGAUAUUGAAGAUCUUGUAAAAACUGGCAAGAAGGAAAGAGUAUGUCCAUAUUAUUUGUCGCGCUCUCUGAAGCAACAUGCAGACCUGAUAUUCAUGCCUUACAACUAUCUCCUUGAUCUAAAGAGUCGCCGAGCACACAACAUAGAGCUUAAAGGAGCCGUUAUCAUAUUUGAUGAGGCACACAAUGUGGAGAAAAUGUGUGAGGAGUCUACCUCUUUUGACCUGACUCCGUAUGAUUUAACAUCAGCCAUCGAUGCUGUGGACAAAUUGUUGAGAGAGCAGGCCUCAGAUCUCACAAAAGGAGAAUCUGCUGACGAGUUCAAUGUUGAGUCCCUAAGCUCAGGACUAAAACUGGACAUCUCAACCAUUGCUAAAAUAAAACAAAUUUUAGUGGACCUGGAGCUUGCCAUAAAUAGUUUUGAGAUGCCCUCAAAUAGCCAGGGGAUUACUAAGCCUGGCAGCUUCAUUUAUGAACUUUUCGAAAAGGCACACGUGAACUAUGACACCAACACCGCGAUUGUGGAGGCACUGGAACAGAUCACGGGAUAUUUGGCAGGAAGGCCUGGUAUCUUCCUCAAUACCACUGGACUACAGAAAAUUGCAGAUAUUUUGCAAUUGGUGUUUGCAGUUGAACCAGCAGAGGGCAAUAUGCGACUGCACAAGCAGGGCAGUACACAACAAUUUAAGGUACAUAUUCAUCCAGACACCAGCAGUUUUAAGAAAAAACAGAAUGCUGAUGUAUGGGCAUCCUCUUCUACAAAGAAACAAGGCAACGUACUCAGCUACUGGUGCUUCUGUCCGGGCUUCAGCAUGCAGGAGCUGCUCAGGCAGGAUGUACGCUGCAUCAUCCUGACCAGCGGCACGCUCUCCCCGCUCUCGUCCUUCACGUGCGAGAUGCAGAUCCCCUUCCCUGUGUGUCUGGAGAACCCCCAUGUCAUCGGGCAGGACCAGAUCUUCGUCAGCAUCGUGGACAAGGGUCCGGAUGGCGUGCAGCUGAGCGCUGCUUUCGACAGGAGGUUUGUUCCUGAGAACAUGGCAUCCUUAGGAAACACAAUUGUUAAUCUGAGUCGAGUGGUUCCUGAUGGACUGCUGGUAUUCUUCCCCUCAUAUCCUGUACUGGACAAGACCCUGGAAUUCUGGAGGGCUAACGGCCAUGCGGAGCGCAUUGAGAAUAUGAAGCCCAUGUACGUUGAGCCCAGAGGAAAAGGAACGUUUACGGAGGUGAUUGAUGCUUUUUAUGAAAAGGUGAAUGACUCGGUGUCAAAUGGAGGGAGCUUCUUUGCUGUAUGUAGAGGAAAGGCCAGUGAAGGUCUGGACUUUGCAGACACUUUAGGGCGCGGGGUGGUCAUCACCGGCCUUCCGUUCCCUCCCCGCAUGGACGCCCGUGUGGUGCUGAAGAUGCAGUAUUUGGACGAAAUGUGUAGGACCAAAACCAGUGGUGUGAAGUAUCUGUCCGGGCAGGAGUGGUACAGGCAGCAGGCCACACGUGCUGUGAAUCAAGCUAUUGGCAGGGUGAUCCGUCACCGUGAUGAUUACGGGGCCAUCUUCCUCUGUGACCAUAGGUUCAAAGGUACAGAAGUACGAGCCCAGCUCCCCUCUUGGGUAAAGCCUUACGUAAGGAUAUACGAUAACUUCGGCACUGUGGUCCGGGACGCUGCACAGUUCUUCCGUGUUGCCCAGAAGCUUAGGCCAGUACCACAAAAGAAGGUGAAAGGGACAGGAGGCAGGGGUGAGCCAGCAGCUGACGACGGUCGGGGCAGUGCAGGGGGCAUUGGGCUGGCCGCAGGGGCCCAGCAAAGCAGCUCCGCUCAGAAAGCCAGAGUGCUGGACUCUCAUGUGCCCAGUUUGAAGAGGAGGAGACUAGAGGAGCACUGUGAGGUAGAUGGGUCAGCCAGGCUUUGUGUCCAAUAUGAAAUGGAGAUGAGCUCCAGCAAGAAGAAGCCCCUGAGCCUGCUCGAUGCCCUGGACAGCAGUACAGCCAGGCCAGAAGACACUGACACCCUGGUUGGAGAAGAGAGGGCCAACCGCCUGUCCACACUUUCUCUACAACAUGAGAAGCGCAUGGAUGAUGAAUGUAGGGGUGGGAAACGCAAAAUCAAAGUAGUCCAAGACCGGGGUGCUGUCGAGACGACUGCAACGGACAGAGGCAAAUCCUUCAUGCUGGAGCUGAAGAGGUGCUUGAGUCAGGAGAGCUUCACACGGAUCAUGCAUGGGCUCCAGGUGUACAAGGCCACCGAUGACCUUGACAGCCUUCUGCUGAAAGCAGAGGGCCUCCUCACACAGGACCCCAACACGCACAGCCUGCUUCGAGGGCUCUACCAGUUUAUUCGGCCGCACCACAAGAAGCCGUAUGACGAGAGGUGUCGGCUCCUUACAGGCCAAGGCUGUGGCUACAAGGUUGAACACUCACUCUCUCGGGAGGAGAGGGAGAUGCUGUUGCAGCAAACGGCCAAAGUGGAGACUGCUGAGAUGAGCCACAGCAAACAGCUAGAUGCAAGCAAACAACUGAAUCAAGGUGGAUCUCAUUUGGGAACUCACAAUCUGUGUAAUAGAAUGACAGACCAGACGCCCCAGCAGUCAGGCAAAGGCAGCCAGUUCAGUACGUCCCUGGUGUCUGAUUUAAAGAAGGCCAUUGGUACUGAAAAAACCAAUCAGCUGUUUGUAGCAUUGCAGACAUACAAGAAAACAAAUAAUUAUGAACAGAUGGUGUCAACAGUUGUGGGGCUGUUGACGGAACGAGAUGAAGACAUUGUCCUUCUCAGACGAUUAGUUGUGUUCAUUCCAGCACACCACAGGCAGCAGUUCUCAGAGAUGUUAAACUCAUUGACUGGGAGCACCUCGGUGACUUGCCAGGAUUCAGAUGAAGUUUCCAGUCGCCCAGUGUCAGCUUCACAGCUCUCUGCAGGAACAUCACAAAGCAAGAUAUCAUCUUUCUUCUCCUUCCCAGAGAAGUCCCAUUAGCCAUCCGGAUUCCUUUGGUCCCUCUUGUGAAGCAGAGCACAUUUUUUACAUGUUUUAUAGCCACAUGGACCAUGGUUGACACUUGAGAAGAACAAUUAAAACAUUGUGUGAGACUGUGUUUUAAUAAAACGAACUAUAUUUAAAUAA